CUUUCCCCCUGGGGACCGAGUGACCUUCAACGGGAAGGAGUGCGUGUGCCAGAAGUGCUCUCUGCCCACGUCGGUGGGCAACAGCGUGCACCUGUCCCAGGGUCUCCGGAGUUGUGGGGGCUGCGGCACAGAAAUAAAAAACGGCCAGGCCCUGGUGGCUUUGGACAAGCACUGGCAUUUGGGCUGUUUUAAGUGCAAGACUUGUGGGAAGCUCCUAAAUGCCGAGUACAUCAGCAAGGACGGGCUGCCCUACUGCGAGGCUGACUACCACACCAAGUUCGGCAUCCGCUGCGACGGCUGUGAGAAGUACAUCACGGGGCGUGUGCUGGAGGCAGGGGAGAAGCACUACCAUCCUUCGUGUGCACUAUGUGUCAGGUGCGGCCAGAUGUUUGCAGAAGGCGAGGAGAUGUAUCUUCAAGGCUCCUCCAUCUGGCACCCGGCGUGUCGACAGGCGGCCAGGACUGAAGACAAAAACAAGAUGCAGAACCCAGUGUGCAAUCAGGUUUGCCCGGGCGCCACCCCCUAUGCCUUCCAGGAGACCAGAACUUCCUCAGAGAGCAUCAUUUCUGUACCUGCUUCCAGCACCUCGGGGUCUCCAAGCCGCGUGAUUUACGCGAAGCUUGGCGAUGAGAUCCUGGACUACAGGGACCUGGCUGCUCUUCCCAAAAACAAGGCGAUCUAUAACAUCGACCGCCCCGACAUGAUCUCCUACUCGCCCUACGUCAGCCACUCCACAGGGGACAGGCAGAGCUACGGGGAGUCCCCUCAGUUGCUCUCGCCAACGCCGACUGAGGGGGAUCAGGAUGACCGGUCCUACAAGCAGUGCCGGACCUCGAGCCCAAGUUCCACUGGGUCGGUCAGCCUCGGGCGCUACACCCCGACCUCGCGGUCGCCCCAGCACUACAGCCGUCCAGCUGGUACUGUGAGUGUUGGUACCAGUAGCUGCCUCUCCCUGUCCCAACACCCAAGCCCUACCUCCGUGUUCAGACAUCAUUACAUCCCCUACUUCCGAGGCAGUGAAAGCGGCCGCAGCACCCCCAGCCUCUCCGUGCUCUCGGACAGCAAGCCUCCUUCCUCCACCUACCAGCAGGCUCCGCGGCACUUCCACGUCCCAGACACUGGCGUAAAAGAUAACAUCUAUAGGAAACCCCCCAUCUACAAACAGCAUGGUCCUGUAGUCCAAUCCCCAAUUUCCAAGCUCUCUGGCCUGGUAUCAGUCUUAUCGUUGGUGGUGCAGGAGGCAGGGUGCUCCAAAAGACUGACAGGUCCAAGCCCUCAGCAGGCGGCAGCCACAAGGCGAUCGGAUGGGGAGGAUGGAAGUUUCGACCAGGAUAACAGGAAGAAGACCAGCUGGCUGAUUCUUAAGGGGGACACAGACACCAGGACUAACUCUCCAGACCUAGACAGCCAGUCUCUGUCCCUCAGUAGUGGGACCGAUAGAGACCCUCUUCAUAGAACGCAAGGGGACAACUUUUAUUCACGAUUCCCCUAUUCCAAAUCUGACUCUCUCCCAGGACACGGAAAGAAUGGCUUGGACCACCGGAAUGCCAAUCUGGCCCCUUGUGGAGCAGACCCGGAUGCCAGCUGGGGGACACGAGAGUACAAGGUCUAUCCUUAUGAUGCCCUCAUCGUAACAAACCGAAUUCGCGUGAAACUGCCCAAAGAUGUGGACCGGACGAGGCUGGAGAGACACUUGUCGCCUGAGGAGUUCCAGGAAGUGUUUGGGAUGAGCAUCGAGGAGUUUGACCGCCUGGCCCUCUGGAAGAGGAACGACCUCAAGAAGAAAGCCCUGCUGUUUUGAUGGCCGCCAAUGUGCCUCGCUGUGUGUGUGUUGGGAGCAGAGAAGAGAGAAUCCUGGCGUGAACCGCGCAAAACCCUUCCUACUGCACCUUGCUCUGGCUUCUCUGUGUCCAUGGGGUGGGCGGUGGGCUCCUGGGGGAGGCUGGGCCGGGGGCUUCAGGGUGAGAGGAGGUCCCCCAGCAGCUGCAGCCCCUGUUUCUGCCAGUGACGCUCCUGCUCGUAGUUUAGGGCCAAGACAACCAGCUUUGCACCACCCCUUCCCGCUGUGGCCUGGCUGCAGAGCAACUGUCACAGGAGAUCAGGCAGAACAUCCAUAGAGCUGCAGCCCACCGUGCUAGGCAUCCGGGGUGCAGAGGUGGCCAGGACGUAAGCCAUGAGGAGGCUUGUCAAUGACAGACGCUGACACCGUCAUGGGUGGGUGGGUAUGAGGCUCCUCAGAGGCAGGAUGGGCACGGCCUGGCAGGCAGACUCACAGGCUAGGGCAGGAGAGGGCUGCCAAGCAUCUGGGGGCAGUGCCAAGCGUGGGGUGCACGAUUUUUGCAGCCAUCUGUGACGGGUCUCUUUUUAGGGACAGCAUCCACCUGGCAGGGCACCUUCCACCCGUGCCCCUCCACAUACUGCAUUCUUCCAAAUCAUCCCCUAGAUGCCACAUGAUAUCUUUAAAAUAACACAGAAGUUUUUAUUUUAUUAAAAAGUAUAGUCUACUUAAACAUAAGAUGACAUAUAUAAAGAGUUUAAUUCUACGGUCCCUCUGUAGAGGUGCGCCUCCAGCCUUAUUCUCCACCGUUCAGAUCUAUGUGGUUUUGGUUCUUGGUGUGUUCUUAAUACAUAGGACCCCUUGUCUGUUUUUUUUCUUUUUUCCAUUUUUGUGUGUCAUGCAGGUAACCCUAAGGACAGACCCCUGUAACUAAUGCUGUUUAUAAAUACACAUGAGGUAUAGCCACGACUGUUUUCCUCGCUGUUAUUUUUCCAAGUCUUGGAGAGAAAACAUCCUCUUCUGAUGGCCAAAGCCCUGGAAUAAAGGAUUUCCAUGUACCCAGCCUAAUAUCCGACAUAGCUUUUGGUGUAGCAUCUCUGUGAUGUAGUCGGUGGUGUCUCACCUUCCCCAUUGAAACACAUAAACCACGCAUGCUCCAGGAACGAUUCACUCACGCAUGUCCCUGAAACAGGCAACCAGAUGCUCUUGGGUGGGAGGGAUGGAGACGUGGCUGUCUUCUGAUCUGUGAGGCCAUCAGUGGGUCCUGGGGGCAGAACAGCUGGGUUCCUCAAGUGGAAGCAUUCGUGUCUGUGGUUGGGCGUGGGUUACAGUGCCUGUCACAGGAUCCUGACAAAGUACACUGAGAGGUGGGUGAAACGCCAAGGGCUGGGUCCCGAUCCUCAGAGGCCAUGGCCUCUUGGUGUGUGUCCUGGAUAUUCCACCCAUGAGUCGACCUUACUCAGCUUCCUUAUGGCCCAUUCUGCGCUCGGCUUCUCACCAGCACCGGCUUGGCCAGGGAGAGAAAUUUUUAGCACCUAAUAUGCUUCCUGCCCCUUAGCAAUCAGAGCCUGAGCAACUGGAAAUCCCCAUUUUCUCAUUAGUGCGACGUCACGUCUGAUGCCAGGGAAGGCUGGAACAAUAAAGGAUGACGUAUCCUGA